AUGGGAGAACCUCAAGCCGUCAGGCAUGGUGAACAACACACAGCUGCUGCGGAAGUCAACCCCGAGCAGGACGAGCCCCCGUCUAUACCGCGGCCCCCGCCCAUUCCCAACCCGGUCCCUCAGCGGCCCGCACACUCAGUUCCUGCCUCGGACAUAGGACUUCUCUGGCAGACUAACCUUGAAAAUGGUCUCUCCAAGGCCGAGGCGCAAGCUCGCCUCGACCGCGAUGGGCCCAACCGCAUCGAGGGUGCCAAGGGCCUCUCCAUUUGGGAGAUUGUCAUGAGACAGAUUUCCAACAGUCUGACACUCGUACUCGUGAUCGUCAUGAUCCUGUCCUUUGCCAUCCAAGAUUACAUCGAAGGAGGCGUUAUUACCGCCGUUAUCCUUCUGAACAUCGUCGUUGGAUUCAUUCAGGACUACAAUGCGGAGCAGACCAUCCAGUCUUUGUACGCUCUCUCUGCCCCAACCUGUAAGGUCGUCCGCGACGGUAUCGCCGAGACCGUCAAGGCAGAUUCUCUCGUCAAGGGUGAUCUUGUAAUGAUCGCUGUUGGCGAUGUUGUCCCGGCUGAUCUUCGUCUCCUUGAGGGUAUCAACCUCUCCAUCGACGAAGCUCUCUUGACCGGAGAGUCGCUCCCCAUCAGCAAGCAUCCCGACGCCAUCUUCGAGGAGGAGGAUAUCCCCCUCGGCGACCGCAUCAACAUGGUCUACUCUGCGACCACUGUUACUCGAGGACGCGCCCGCGGUAUUGUCACCACCACCGGCAUGGACACCGAGGUUGGCAAGAUUGCUAUGAUGCUGCGCACCACCCGCAAGAGGGAUGAGAACGCUUCUCUCCCCAAGCGCGCCCUCAUGCGCGUCAAGGCUGCUAUGAAGAGCAUCCUGGGUCUUGAGGGCACUCCCCUACAAGUAAAACUUAGCAAGUUUGCCCUCCUGCUGUUCGGCUUGGCUAUCCUGCUUGCCAUUAUCGUUUUCGCCGCCAGCAAGUUCGACAUCGAUGACCAGGUCCUCAUCUACGGUAUCUGCGUCGGCGUCGCUGUUAUCCCCGAGUCGCUCAUCGCCGUUCUGACCAUCACUAUGGCUGUCGGAACCAAGGCGAUGGCAUCCGGCAAUGUCAUUGUCCGCAAGUUGUCCUCUCUCGAAGCCGUUGGAGGCGUCACCAACAUCUGCUCCGACAAGACCGGUACGCUCACCCAGGGACGCAUGAUUACCAGGAAGAUCUGGCUGGCCGAGGACACUACUGCCGUCAUCGAGGGCACAACCGACCCCUACGACCCUACCAGCGGUACUGUUCGCUGGCCCGGAUCCGCCGCUUCGAGCUCGUCCUCUAGUGGAGCGUCGACUCCGACGGUCGAGAAAACCGACGACACUAUCCAGACCUCUUCAAUGGGCUCAUUCCUCAAGGCUAUUGCUCUCUGCAACAACGCCGCUGUCACCGACGGCAAGACCGCCACCGACACGGAGUCCAUGACCACGGCCACCGAGGUGCCUGUCGCCUGGAAUGCCAUUGGUGAGCCCACCGAGAUCGCUCUCCAGGUCUUCGCCAUGCGCUACGGAAAGGGAAAGAACGACAUCGUCUCGUCUGAAAAGACCAAGAUGCUGUACGAGUUCCCCUUCGACUCCUCCUGCAAGCUUAUGAGUGUCGUCUACGAGUUUCCCUCUUCGCCCCGCCAGGUUUUCACCAAGGGUGCCGUUGAGGUCAUGUUGCAACGCCUCGCCGAGCCCGAAGACUUCAAGGCAAGGAUCGCUGCCAAGGCCGAUGAGCUCGCGUCCGAGGGCCUCAGAGUCCUUUGCGUCGCUCACAGAUUCCUCGAAGACACGGACAACGCCAGCGAAAGAAGUGAGGCCGAGUGCAAGCUCCGCUUCCUUGGUCUUGCCGGCCUGUACGACCCUCCUCGUGUUGAGACUCUUGGCGCUGUCAAGCUCUGCAAGACGGCUGGUAUCUCGGUUCACAUGGUCACCGGUGACCACAUUAAGACUGCCACCGCCAUCGCCCACGAGGUCGGUAUCCUGUCUGGUGGCGAGCGACCCUCCGCUGUAAUGGCGGCUGGCCAGUUCGACGCUCUCAGUGACCAGGAGAUCGACGCUCUCGAAGCUCUGCCCUUGGUCAUUGCCAGAUGUAGCCCUCUGACCAAGGUCAGAAUGCUCGAGGCCAUGCACCGUCGCAAGGCUUACUGUAUCAUGACCGGUGAUGGCGUCAACGACUCGCCCGCUCUCAAGAAGGCUGAUGUCGGUAUUGCCAUGGGCAAGAGAGGCAGUGACGUCUCCAAGGAGGCGGCAGACAUGGUCCUUACUGAUGACAACUUCUCCUCCAUCGUCACUGCCAUCAAGGAGGGUCGCCGUCUGUUUGACAACAUCCAGAAGUUCCUGCUCCAUCUCCUGAUUUCCAACAUCGCCCAGGUCAUUCUUCUCCUGAUCGGUCUUUCUUUCAAGGACAACAGCGGCACGUCCAUCUUCCCUCUGUCUCCGUUGGAAAUUCUUUGGGUCAACCUCAUCACCUCGUCCUUCUUGGCUAUCGGUCUCGGUCUCGAGGAAGCGCAGCCUGACAUCCUCCUGCGCGCACCCCACGACCUUCGCAUUGGUGUUUUCACCUUCGACCUGAUCCGCGACAAGAUGAUCUACGGUUUCUACAUGGGUUCCCUGUGCCUGGCUGCCUUCACAUCUGUUGCCUACGGCCCCGGCGGUGGAGAUCUUGGUAGCAUGUGCAACGACGGUUACAACCCAACCUGUGGUGUCGUUUACAGAGCCCGCUCCACUGUCUACGCUACCUUGAGCUUCUUGCUCCUCGUCACCUCUUGGGAAGUCAAGCAUUUCCAGCGCAGCUUGUUCAACAUGAACCCCGAGCUGUGGACCGGUCCCUUGGCGGUGUUCAAGACGGUCUACAAGAACAAGUUCCUCUUCUGGGCUGUCGCCGGUGGCUUUGUCAUGACCUUCCCCGUCAUCUACCUGCCUGUUGUUAACCGGGCGGUCUUCAAGCAUGACAUGAUCACCUGGGAGUGGGGCGUCGUCGUCGCCUGCUUGGUUGUCUACAUCGCUCUCAUCGAGUGCUGGAAGGCCGUCAAGCGCCACUUCGGAUUGGGAAUGCAGGUCCGCAUCCCCGCCGACCAAGUGUAG